AUGACGACCAGGAUCUCGCCAUUCUAUAAAGAGCCCAUCAUCAACGUGAAGAGAGAGGUUCGACAGGGCGAUACCAUCUCGUCCAACCACUUCAGUGCCACUCUCGAGGAAUUCAUGCGCCAUAUGAUAUGGGAAAGCAUGGGAGUGAAUGUCGACGGCCGCUUCUUUCAUCAUCUCCUCUUUGCAGAUGACAUUCUGCUUACAACACCCAACAUCGAGCAGGCGGAACAAAUGCUGGGCGAAAUCGACAACGCUAGUGGAGAGAUCGGAUCACAACUGAACCUUACGAACACGAAGUAA